AUGUCUCGCAAGGCAGCACCGAUAGGCUCGCGGCCCGCGGCGGCGGGCGCCACGGCGGUGCCCACGCUGGGCGGCUCCGACAUGGACGUCUGCCCCGUGUGCAAGACGAUGCGCUACCUCAACAAGGACAUGGUCUUCCUCAUCAGCCCGGCCUGCUACCACCCCAUGUGCUCCAACUGCGUGAACCGGCUGUUCGCGGCGCCGAACCAGUGCCCCUACGCCGGCUGCGGGCGCACGCUGCGCCGCAAGGAGUUCCGCGAGGCCUUCUUCGGCGAUCUGCAGGUCGAGCGCGAGGUCGACGUGCGCAAGCGCGUCGCGCGCGUCUUCAACCGCGUCGAGGACGACUUUGAGAGCCUCGACGCCUACAACGAGUACCUCGAGCGCGUCGAGCAGCUGACCAUGGACCUCGUCUGCCGCGGCGACGAGCCGCGCCGCGCCGCCGCCGAGGCCGAGCUCAAGCAGUGGGAGGCCACGCACCGCGCCGAGAUCGAGCGCAACCGCCGCAAGGGCGAGCGCGCCGACGAGGUCACGCGCAGCCGCCUGGCCGCCGAGAAGGAGGCCGCCCGCCAGCGCCGGCUCGAGGCCGCCCGCCAGGACGAGGAGGACCGGCUGGCGAGGGAGCGUGAGCGCGAGGAGGACCUGGACACGCUGGCCGCGGCGCCCGAGGGCACCGCCGGCCGCAUCAUGCUCAAGAAGCGCGGCCAGCACCGCCGCGAGAGCCUCGUGGCCGCCGAGGAGGCGGCCCUCCGGCGCGCCGCGGCCGGCGGCGGCCUGUCGAUCCGCGGCCUCAAGGAGAACCGCAGGAAGGGCGGCGCCGGCGCCGGGGGCGGUGCCGACGGGCCGUACGACCCCUUUGGCGGCACGGACCUGGCGCCCACGCGCUACGUGCUGCAGGACGGGUACAAGAACCCCUUCCUCGACCGGGCGCGCGACCACUACAGCCACACGUCGGGCGGGUACAGCGUCAAGGAGUACUACGCGCGGGCCAUGUUCGACGCCUUUGCCGGCCUCGGCGUCUUCAUCGAGGACGACAAGGAGACGGGCCAAGGGACGACGGCGGCCUCAGUGGCCACGCUGGGGGCUUCGAUGGCCGCAGGCAGCGAAAGCCGGCCGAUCAACAUGGAGGUUGACGAUGUCUUUGGUUAA